UGCAAAUCAUCUAUCACUGAAAACUAUAUUGGCAAACGUUGUAAAAACAAAUGCUUCACAUGCAAUAUUAGUAGGAGAAAAGGAAAUUAUGAAUGAUAAAGUGAUAUUAAAGGAUUUAGAUUUAAAAGUUCAAAAUGAAUAUAAAUUAGAAGAUAUC